AUGCACACACACCAAAAUAUUGGACCGCCGUGUGGGUAUAACGGCAGCCGACUGCAAUUGCAUACACUGCAAAGUUGGCUUGAGUCGCUCUCUGCCCUAGUUUGCAAUUUGGGGGUGUUCAUGAUGACCACAGUAAUCAUGCAAAACAAAAAAAGCGCCGUAGUUUUUAAAAUCACAUUUAUCACAGGCAGAAGAGAUCCUUUAUGAUUUUGCAUCACCGCCGCCACCAAACCAAUAAGUCUCCAUUAAGCAGCUGCCACCUCUAAGGAAAAGGUGCGCGGGCGGGGAGGAGAAACCACUUUUUAAAGCGUCACUAGCUCCUCCUCCAACGUGCCCGCCAUAGAGACGGCCCAACCUCCCGCCGCUAUCCCCUCUGGGAGCGCCGCUUAGCAACUAGUGAUUCCUGACCCGGAAGCGCUCCUCGUAUUUCCCUUUGCCGUCUCUAUGGCUGUUCCGGGUUCCUUGGUUUCCUCCCAUAAGCCCCCGCGCCUUCCUUUCUGGUCUGGUCCUGAGCAGGGUAAGUAGCUGCUUUGGGAGCGGUUCUUGUUAUCCGAAGCCAUCGGCUUCUGUGGGCCUCGCAAUGGCGAGAGCCCGGGUUGGGUGGCUGGCUGGGGCGAGGAGGAGUAUCGGGGGACGGAUAUUUCUGGGCCUGGCCUUGAAGUCUCGCCUGGCGGGAUUGAGAUUCCGCUCCCCCCUCCCGCCGAUGCCGCCGUGGUUCCAGCCUGGCCUAGGCCUGAUAUUACCUGAAAAGGCAGUGAGGACUAAAGACACAGGACUUGGAGGGAAGUGAAGCUGUCCAGAAGGACUGUUCUUUGAGCACACGUGUCGUAAAGGACAUGGGGACGUGUGUUUGCAGCCUCAAAAGCCAACUGAAACAAAAUCCGGCAAUUCCAUUCAUAUUAGUGAAAAUUGGGGACAGGAGUUUUCGUCUUUAGUGUUAAUUAACAUUUUGUGUGAGGAAGCAAUAGCUUGGUACCGUUUGCACGUUGUGCGUAUGUCGCUGAAUCAUGUUUCAGUGCUGUAUUUUUACAACUUGCAGUACUAUAUUCUUACAAAGGUGGGGUCUUCAACAGAAUAUUAGUUUGUAUCUUCUGGCAGAGUUUGAACCGGGCCUUCCUUCACGAAACUCAAGGUGUAAGGAGCUCAAACCGGGCUUUCUACUCCAAGACUGUUGUGUGGCAUAAGAUAAAGUUGCUGCUGUGCUAUAAAUUCUGUCUCUGUGUGUCUCUCUCUCUAUGUAUGUAUGUAUGUAUAUACAGACACACACACACACACACACAUAUAUAUAUACACACCCACCCACCCCAGUUUUAUGUCCCUCCCCCCCAAAGUGCUACAGCUGCAACAGCUAUUACACUCUGGGUCUGUUUGUGGUCUUCACAUAAACCACCUGCUUGGCCACUAUGAGAGCAGCAUGUUGAUCUAUAUGGGCCUUUGGCCUGAUCCAGCAGAGCUCAUCUUGGCAUUCUAGCUGACACUCAGCGUUCUUGGAUUACUGGUUGUGCUUUUCCCUCUUUUUUGGGGGUGUGUGUGAUUUUGUCCCUAAAUCACACCAUUGCAACUCUAAUCUUGUUGGCACUUUCCUUCUGUUAGUGGAACUAGAGCAUAUAGAGGAGAGCAAAGGCAGGGAGUAGAUCGCACAAAGGAAGAAUCUUUCCAUUCACAAUGCUGGAGUUGCAAGCGUACUUUCAGAUUGUGGCACAAGUUUGAAAGUAUAUCUGCUUUUUUCUUAAUGUCCACAUUAGAUGCUCAGGUCCUGAUUGCAGAUUUUCCACAGGCAUCUCGUCAGAACAGGAUAUUGUACUAGAUGGGCUAUUGGCAUGAUCUGACAGGGCUGUUCUCCUCUAAAAAAACAACAUUUUUGAGAUUCAGCAGAGUCAGCUGCUUGUUGUGUAGUAAAGUAAUUUUAGCAACUGUGGACUCUCAACAUGACAGGAGGCUGGUAGAAAGUAAGACACUGGCAUUAAUAAACUGGAAGCUUUAGGGGAUUUGCUCAGUGAUGGUGAAGAGUGUGAGCCAUGCUGAUGUUGGUCUAAGGUAAGCCACUAUUUCUGAAUCCUCCCACAGUUGAAAUAUGAUAAUAUGCACCUAGCUCACAAAGUUUAUGUUAGCAUUAAUGGAAUAGUCUGUGUGAAGUGCUUUGACAUGCUACAAGCAUUGCGGAUAAAUGGUAGGUAUUAGCAGAGCUGGUUUCACUUCUGUGAGGUAUUUGUUACCUGUGCAGGUACUGUGUUCUUGCACAUGAAUGGUCAGAGACGAGUCAUGGAUGAGAGGGACUCCUUUAUAUGAUUAGGAUCACAGGGCGGUUAACAAUAUAGAAACAUAAAAAUAUAUAACAGUAACAAUUGAAAACAAUAAUUCCCCAACAGUUUUAAAGGCCAUGGAGUGUUCAAUUAGCCAGAGGCCUGGAAGAAUAAUAAUGUAUUUGCCUGGUGUCUAAAUAUUAAUAGCAUGUCAGAGAACACAAGGAGAGACUGCGACCAGGCUUUUCAAAGUCUUUUUAGAAUUUUAGUCAUCAACUAAAAUUGUGGCUUUACAUAAUGGAUGGCCUAAAAUCUAGGCCAUCUAUUCCAGGAGGAGGAAAUGCUGAACUCAGAGCCUCUGCAUUUGGCAGAUGUCUGUUUCUGUCAUUUUUGCUCUUAUCAUUGCUUUGUGGAGCUACUAUUUAAGAAACGAUGAUGAUAGUAUGUCAUAUUGUGCUGUGUAAAACAAGGCUUUUUGUGUUUUGACAUGUGCAGAUGGCUCCUGCAAAGAAAGGUGGUGAAAAGAAGAAAGGACGAUCAGCCAUCAAUGAGGUGGUUACUCGGGAAUAUACUAUAAACAUUCACAAACGGAUCCAUGGCGUGUAAGUGGCAGUCCUUAUUUUUUGUUCUUUCAUUUUUUGAAAAUGUGUUACACUGUUACUCAGUGCAGAAAUUGGUCCAAGCGACUGUAUCAUCAAACAUUACUUUGGAGUUAAAAGCUUUGUUAAAAGCUUAGAAGUACCAUACUGAUUGUUGCCUUGUAAAGAAUCAGUUGUACUACAGAAUAUCUCAAGUUCUGUUGUAAGCCAAAAGGGUUACAGGUGGUCCUUAAGGCCCUUUUAUAUUCAUGUGCAAAGGAAAAUUUAGCUGUACCAGAUUUUAAGUUAAACAACCAAAAGUGUACUGAUUUGAGUUAGAAAUAGUUACCUAAUAUUAUAGUUUACAGGAAUUGUAUUCACAGGUUUUAAAGAAAGCAUUUGAUUGUGAAAAUAAAUAUGAAUACUUAUUUGCCGAAAAACGGCAAAACCUACACACACACACUGGUACCUCAGGUUACAAGCGCCUCAGGUUACAAACUCUGCUAACCUUGAAAAGUUACCUCGAGUUGAGAACUUUGCCCCAGGAUGAGAACGGAAAUCGUGUGCUAACUGCACAGCAGCAGCAAGAGGCCCCAUUAGCGAAAGCAUGCCUCUAGUUAAGAACAGCUUCAGGUUAAGAACGGACCUCCGGAAUGAAUUAAGUUUGUAACUAGAGGUACCACUCUGUGGGUGGUUUGGGCCUCCCUUCAGUGUUCCAAGAUGUGUGAUUGGGGAUGGGCAGACAAGUAAAAAGCCUGGUAGAAAACAGCUUGAACCAAUAAGUAAAUGCUUAUAAUGAGGCUUUGCAAAUGCUUGGCUAAAUAACAUAAAUAUGUUGACACUGCUAUUGUAAUUAAACUCACUGGUAUCCUGGCUUUGGGUUUAGGAUGCAAGGUCACUGUUAAAUUCAAGAGACAUUGGGUAACUUGUGUAAUGUUGGCACUAUGAUUGAGGGGGGGAAAUAGUCUCUUGGGUGUACUGUUGAUGUACAAUGGAACAGGUUUAGCGUUCUUCCUGUUUAUAAUGGGAGGUAUUCGGAGUUCAUGCUCUAGUCACAAAUCUGAACAGGAAAAAACAGUAGCUUAAUUUCUGUACAUCCAUGAGUUGUGGUGAAGCUGAUUGAAUCUUUCUGUGCUUUCAUCUCAUCUCUGGCUGAGCUGGCUUACUUUGUGUUUGAAGUAUAGUUAAUGGAGUGUGGAAAAGCAAAAUUUUUGCAGAAGUCAGUUCUUAGCUUUGACUUUUCUGAAAAAUCUUCCCUACAGCAGGCCCAGAAUGAGCUGGGUAUUAGAAGGCAAAUAAGGAGAUUCUAAAAUGUAUGAUUCAUCAGAAACUCAAAUUUUGCCUUUGUAAGCCCAAUUAUCAUAGCUGACCCUCCUCAAAUUACUUCUAGGCCUUUUCCUAAAAAGUAAUAAAUAGCAUAAAAAAGAAAAAAGCCUAGCUUUCUCUACCAGCCCAUCUUGGUAACUAGUGGCUUUAUGCAGGUUUUAUAUACUGUAGGUGUGGAUGAGGAAUUUUCUUCACAAGGGACCCUGUUCCCUUCUAGGAGCUGCAUGCUGAUAGUGGCGAGACCAAAGUCAGAAGUGGGCAGACCAAGAGAUGCAACUUGCCUUUGAAGGGCAGGGAACAUUCCAGCCACACAAAACUCAGGCUGUUAUAUAUGUGCACACAUCCACCCUACUCCUCCCACAGGGUUAAGACUCAUUUCUAGUCAGGCGAAAGCACCUGAGGAGCAAGAAAGAUAGGGGAGUAUGGCUUGAGGAGUCCUGAGUCCAUAGAGAGGCUUGGAUGACUACAUUUGGCCCCUGUUCCAGAGGCUCCUCAUCCCUAGGGUAUGCUAUUCAGAUGCUGAAGUCUAGGCACAAACGGGGGUUCCUGAGGUUUAGGAGUAGUGUGUGUUUGUUUUUUCAUUUCGCCUACUGGAUAUUUUCUGUAUUCUCAGUGGCUUCAAGAAGCGGGCUCCUCGUGCUCUCAAGGAGAUCCGUAAAUUUGCAAUGAAGGAGAUGGGGACUCCUGAUGUACGCAUUGACACCCGCUUGAACAAGGCUGUCUGGGCAAAAGGAGUAAGGUAUCGUGAUGAACUUUUUUUUAGUACAGAGGGACACUCUAAUGUUACUGCACUAGUACACAUGUGCUUAGGAUAUGGUGUUAAGACAUUACACGGUAUAUUGGUGCAAUAUUUCAAAAACGCACCAUUUGCCAGUCAUUUUAGUGGUGGUUCAGAUACAUCUAGGCACUGCUUCUAUUUCUAUUUAAUAUCCACUUCGGCAUUGUGAUGUAUGACAGAAGUUACUAGGGGGAUUGGCAGCAGCAUUUCUAUGCUGAGUACAGAAGAGAGAAUUAUUACCCUUCUCUGUCAUGCAUGGGGUUUCUAUCCAUCUAUUGGUACCAGGCCAAAGCUUAAAUAAAAGGCUGGUAUCAUAGUACUAUAAUUAAUGGGAAUAAUGUUGCUUUGUUACCUAGGAUUAUGGUUCUCAAAUCCCUUGAAGAACUGUGGUUCUAAGUAUGUUAUCUGGGCUGAGCAUUCUGUAUUUUCCUGGAGAAUUGCUUCACACUGGAGCAAUCUUCAUUCUUAAAUGGAUUAUGGAACUAAUGCUGCUUUUAGAAUACACUGCUUCUGGGCUAACAGGAUGUGUUACAAGAGUAGGUCUGAUCCAGGGGUAGCCACAGUGGUGCCUUCCAGAUGCUGCUGCACUCCAGCUAGCAUCUUCAGCCAGCAUGACCAAUAGUCAAGUUCUUUUUCAUGCUGCUUAUAAAUUGUGUUAUUUUAAAAAAUGGCUAAAAUGGCUUUUCUUGCCCCUUGGACAUGAAGAACAGCCUUGAAGGGGAAAUUAUUAAAUGUUAGGAUUGCAGAACUGGAAAUAGGUGGAGUGGAACUUCAGUAAAUGUUGGUGUUGAAAUAUGCCAAAACAAAAAACAAAACCACUCAUACUUUCACCCUUUUUAUAGGAAUGUUCCUUACCGUAUCCGUGUGCGUUUAUCCAGAAAACGCAAUGAAGAUGAGGAUUCGCCUAAUAAACUGUAUACACUGGUCACAUAUGUGCCGGUUACCACUUUCAAAAGUAAGUCGCUCCCCCCACCUGAUUGUAGAAUAACAAGGAGGAUUGCUGCCCUGGACUGUAUUUCUCACAAUGUCAGAGAUAUUUUGUAAAGUCUGUGUGUGUGGCUGGUCGCCAUUUGUUGUCCCUACCCUGAUGAAAGGUAUCUAUCUGCAGAACAGGGAGGGGGAGGCAUUUCCUCUUAAAAUCUCCAGGGAGUUAGGGACCUCUGGACUUUUGGGAACCUGCAGGAAGGGAAAUUGCCUUCCUUCCCCAUUCUACACUAUAAUCUAAAAUUAAUGCAUGCUGAAUAUGGAUUGUGUGUUCAACUUUAACUAAUGCAACUUCCUCCUUCUUUACAGGCCUACAGACUGUUAAUGUGGAUGAAAACUAA